UCUUUCUCCCGCUCUUUCUUUACCCACCAUUCACGCACAUACGGACUCUUCCUCUCCGUCUUUAUAUCUUUCAUACGCAGACGUUUAGACUCUCUCUCACUCUCUACUUGUAUCUAACACACACACACACACGGCUUCUCCUUCUCUGUCUGUCUCUCUCUCUCUAUCUCUCUCUAUCUCUGUCUCUCCUUCACCCUCAAGCCAGUCGUUCCCUCAGCACCACCCGUCUCACCAUCUUUGUACAUCUCUGCCAGUCACCGAAGCCAGAGAUCUUAGCACUGGAUGCUGCUGAUGUUCUUAAUUCUCCCUUGCGAUGCUUCAGCUUCAGACUGGCACAAGAAGAAGAACGGAAUCUGGUCGCCGCUGGUUGGGUCCUUUACGAAAACAGUCCCCAAUUCUCGAUUCCUUUCACCAGUCUAAGGACAAUCAGAUGGAAGGGUGUGACUCUGUAGACCAGUUCUCACUAUGAUGAAACAGAAAGUCUGCAAUCGGCCUUUCCAGUGCUUUCUACAGAAUUUCCAUUACAACCGCGACAGCAACACAACCACCACCACCAACAACAACAACAACACAUCCUCCACUACUACUACUACUGCUAUUACUACGACUAUUAACACCACUGCUGAUAUCACAACAACUAGCACUUCACUUAACGUUUCUCAUACUAUAACACCUCCAAGACUGUUGUUCUUUUGGGAUGAAUUUUACCAUUUCGUGUGUGAUGCUCUUAAGCCAACAUUUGCCAAACAAACAAGGAACUUGCCUCGAAGAAAAGUUUAUAGAAACACUUGCCUCGCCUUCGUUCUAGUUGAGUGUGGUGUGCUCUAGAAGCUAUGCAAAAAGCUUCAAAUAAAAUCUUACCAAGACGAUGGAAAAACAGAGGCAAAGUAAACUCAAGCUCUAUAUCAGCAAUAUGGAAGCCAGAGGGUUGCUGUACAUGGGGGAGUGUUAGUGGCCGUAAGGUCAUUCUGCAACCAGUGAGUAUCCUGACAUUGACCAAAGCAGUUGAACAAGAAGCUCUGAGAAAGGUAGCACUGACCAAAGCACAAAAAAUAAUGCCAGACUGUACCAUAGAGAUUCCAAAAGCAUGUGUGGAUGCCAAACGACAGAAGCGGCUGAAAAAACGGUCUCAGUCUGUGAACCUUGGUGGCCUUCUAUCACAGAAAGAGGAACCGCGACCUGUUGGUUUGGUCUUUGAAAUUCCAUUGUCAAGGUGUAUAGCAAAUGAAAAUAACUUGAAGAAGCGGCGUAACAAAUCCCUGGGAGAGGCAACAGAGAAACGUGAAUUGAAACAACCUUGUACAUCUUCAGAAGGUUCCACAGAAGCCUUGAUUGGACACAAUGGUAACGCUGCACAUCCACUGGAGACAUCAAACAAUCGCUCUUUCCAUGCAGGCAGCACCGACUCUUUGUCUGAGUCAGAAGGGAACCCCGAGCAAACAGACAGGGGUUCGAGUCUCAUCGAAGCAUUAUCUUUAUCAAUAUCCGGAAGAGAAAGUGUUAACGAUGAAAACCUUCAACACCUUUCUGGAGACGGUCCAAUGGUGCCACAGAUAGUUCUGGCUUGUUUCAGACAUAUAGAAACAUAUGGUUUCCAUGUUUUGGGAAUAUUCCGAGUUGGGUGUUCAAAGAAGAGAGUCAAACAGUUGCGAGAUGAAUUUGAUAGCGGCAAAGAUGUCAUCCUUGAUGAAUCUCAGAACCCACAUGAUGUCGGUGCUCUAUUAAAGGAGUUUUUUCGAGACUUACCUGAGCCCCUACUUACUCGGGAUCUUUAUUCACCUUUUGUGGCCACACGACGCAUCAACAACCCUGAGAAACAGAUUUUGGCCCUUAAGUUGCUGGUUUCUCUUCUGCCAGUCCCUAACAGGGAUACUUUAUGGGCCUUGAUGAAGUUCUUGAGGAAAGUUGCUCAACAUUCCACAGAUACCAUUGAUAAGAAUGGUCAAACAUUACCCGGGAACAGAAUGGACUCCACAAAUUUGGCCACCCUAUUUGGCCCCAAUAUUCUUCAUAAAGCUAAAGUGGGAGAAAGAAAAUACAUGGUGGAAAGUUGUGCCAGAGCCGAGGAGAGAAAAGAUGUGAUAGAAGUCGUUAAGACCAUGAUUGAAGAUUCUUCCAUUUUUGAGAUCCCACCAAAUAUUUAUGAUGAAGUCCUGCGUUACAUCAUGGAAGAUAAUCCAGAAGUGUGUGAUAAGUUACUGAAACAUAUUGCCAGUGAUAGUGGAGUUGAUGUUGGUUUGGAAACUAGUUAUGGGAGUGUGUUUAGUGAGGGUGAAAGCCAACAGAAUCUCCACCCUCGCCAGACACAUCGAUUAUGUUCUUCAGUUUCUGACGCUGGAGACAGCAGAGGUGCGAACCUCCACCGACAACUCAGUUCCCAGUCUUCGUACACAUCCUGCCCAUCGGAUUCUGAACGUGACGAUACCGACCCACGUCAAGCCGGACCCGAUUACCACCGACGCCAAGCAAGAAUGAUUCUUCGUCAACGCUGUAAGACAUCAACUGACCUCCAACUCUCUCCAACCGGCCUUAAUGUUUCGGUUCCUGUCAGAAACACACAGCAAUUGCAGGCAUCAGGCAGCCAAACAUCAAAUACCACAUUGACAGUUCCACAGCAAUCACAGUAUAUUAGGCAGAACAGCUGUCCAGGGUUGUGUUCUUCUUCUAUAUCACCACCAUCAUCAUCAUCAUCGUCGUCAUACUUCACUCCAUCUACAUCGGUCCACCUCGUAGAUCAGCGCUCUCCCAAACUGGGGCUUUCCAAAUCUGAACGAGAACUCUCUCAGACAGGUUACUCAAGACUGUUAGCUCACUCAAGAGAAAGCUCUCCUGCAUCCACUCCUCCCAGAAUCACCACCACAUCAUCAUCAUUGUCAUCACCAUCAUCAUCAUCAACACCUCCGACAUCAUUCACCUCUUUGCAACAAGGACCGCCUCUCAAAGCACCAAACUCUCAGUUGCAGAGAAUUGCAGAAUGGCAAAGAGAAAGAUGGCGCCAAUGGGGUCAUUUAACUUCAGACAAAUCUGAAGAAAAAAAGGAGCAUGAGACUUUGGUAUAAUGGAUUCCUGGAAAAUGUGACGCAUAUCUAUAUAUGUAUAUAUAUAUAUCGUAUGUAUAAAUAUAUAUACACACACAUAUAUACACAUAUAU